AUGAUGAGAGAAGAUUUUAUAGUGAAGCAGAGGGAAGUCUGCAACAGCAGCAAACUUGAACUGGCAAGAGCUGGAGCAGGGGGUCUGAGCUGCGCGCGAGCUUGGGCUGGAGCUGGGGGAAGUUGCGGGUGUGGAGUCUGGGGAGCUGGAGGGUUGCUUAGGGACUGUGUAAGGGCUGGAGUUUGUAACGGGCUACAGGUGUUUGAACAACACUGUUCAUCAUACCAUUUUGCUAAGCAAGCUGCAGAUCAUAAAAAGCUCAAAGUUCCCCAGAAAACUAAGGAAGCUGGCUCUGAUUCUUUGAACAAAAUAUGGAAGGCAAAGAUCUCGAAGGUCAAAGGGUUAUCCAUCGCAACGCAGAUACCUCGUCUCCUAAGAAAGGGACUUAAGACCAUGAUGAGGAACGCGCACUUUACUGGAGUAUUUCCAACUCCAGAAUCAUAA